AUGCUUUUCAUGGAAGCCAAGACACAUAGCACUUCAAUACAUAACAAGAACAUGCUACACUUCAAAAGUCCAGACAAAACUGAAAGGAAUGAGGACAUAUCAAGAACAGAAUUACGGUCGUCCUCAUUAACAGCCCCGAUUCUCGAAGCUGUUCAAGAAGCUCAGCCUUUCGAAGAAGCAACAUUUUCUAACUUUCAGAAUAAACACCCUCUUACAGAAAAUUCAACUUGCAAUGCCUAUACUGUAUAUGAUGCAAAUGGCAAAUUGAAGCCCAUAAAAGAUACAUUUGGUAAAGAUAUUGCAAUACCAGACGUGUCAAAUCCAACAAGACCAAGAGAUGAAAGGCCCAUGGACACUAUAAGAGGAUUCGAGUACUCGAUAACAAAAGACCCACGCUGGUUACAAGAGUUGGAGACAUCUAAAUUAGGAUUUAAAGUCAGAUCUGGAUUCUCAGCCAUCAAUCGAGAUUCACAAGCUUCAGUAAAUUUACCUCAACUAGAAGAAAAAGUGAUAAAAGAUCAAAAGAGCCCAAAAAAUCAUUCUAGAUGGUGGUUCUCUCGGUUAUUUGGCAGGUAG